CGGAAAACUGUGGAAUUUACUGGAUAGUACUUAUUUAUCUUUUAUCAAAUCGUCGUGGAUAACGAAAGUAAAUCUGGCUUUAUCAAAACCGGUCGAUUGUCUAAACAUGGAGGUGGAUCAGUACGCGUUAGAUUUCUCUUAUGGUGGAGAAAGUUCCCGGCUGCCUCUCAUCGACGAAACGUCGGCAACGGGAAGUCAGCCGCCGAAAGACAGGUUGAUUGCAGUGCUAGACCAAGUAGAGCUGCGUGUGGAAAGACUGCGACGAGACACGGCGCGUAUUGAGGAGGAGAAAGACUCUUUGCUGUCUACUCUGGAUAGUAUUAAACACUCGGAUCUGCUUAAUGAUAUCACGGAAUGCGAUAAAGAUGACAUAACGCGGUACGCGGACCGCAUUUUAGCGCGUGCGAUGACUGUCGAGGUGGCCGUGCGCACCGACCGCGACGCGCAGCAGGAAGAGGCGCUGCACCAGGUGAACAUGUACAUCGAUCAACUAGUAAUGUCGGUGCAGGAAGACGCUGUCAUAGCACACACUAGGUGUCAAACGUACAUGAACGCAUGCACUUCACUACCCGAUCCCAGCACUGGCACGGACAAGAACUUUGAGACAGCAAUCUUGGGAUGCACUUUGGAUGACCAAAAGAGAGUCAAGAAACGCCUACAGGGCUUACUAGAGUACUUUGCAAAGCUUAAUGUUACUUCUUAUUCGUGAGUAGAGGAAUGUAUGAGUAAGCUAAAUAUUUAGCUCCAUUUUUUGGCACUGCCAGCAUUCUUUUGUUUCGGGGACUAGGAAUGAAAGGGAUUUUGUCGGUUGCUAUAUAUCCACGCUAUACAGUACCAGUUUAUAUACCACAGUAUAAAUGAUAGUUGUAACAUACUUACUAUACUUAUGGUAAGAUUUUAAUUAAUAUACAUAUACAUUAACAUAAUUGUAUUCGUUUAUUUCUGUAAACUGCCAGAAUAAUUGUGCUGUCAAUAGAAUUGUUUAUUGCAUGUCCUGUAUUCUCAAACAUUUCGUUUUUUUUAUUGAAAAGAAGAUAUGUCUUGUGAUCUAUUUUCUAUUAAAUAUUACGAAUACGUCUUUUAGAAAUAAUCUUGAUUCAUUCCUACGUCCACAUCAUGGUGGUUUACAAGCUUUGGCAAAUGUGAUAAUGUGUAUACUUAGAAUUUUUUUUUCAAGGAAGAUAAACCAAAUAGAAUCGUUUUUAUCGUUAAUCGUUAUUGGCUUUGAUUUGACAUCUACGUCAUAUUGAAAACAGGACAGGUGUGUACAAUGUAUGCACUGAGCAAGCAUUCCAAUUGUUUUAUCUUCCAUUAUUGAAAAAAAUCCAUUGUGUGUUUUUGAUGUCGUUUCUUAAGUUAGAAAGGCUUCGGGACUUAAUAAAUUUGUCAAAGUUUCUAAGCAUCUUUCACUAUUUUUUAUAAUUUUUCUUAGUUUUUAAGGUGCGUGUUCCACUAUUCAGACAUCUGACCUCCGGUUAUUGUCGGGUGCGAUGUUGAAUUUCGUUUAAAUCGGAUGAGUAGUAUAGCGGGUAUAAUUAACCAUGAAUUUCCACAUUGAACAAUCGCUUUGCUAAAGAAUCUUAGGGCGUCCGUAAAUACGGUCAGAAAAAACUUCAUAUCCAUGUAAUAAGAGCAAAAAAACGUACGUUUUGCUAUGACGAUGCAAGCGGAAAUGAAUCGCGUGGUCUUUUUCACUUUAACUGCGUGGAUUUAUUUUUUUUCUGACCGGCUCGAGCUGAUUCCGCUUAAUAAGUGUGGUGACACCUUUACGGUGACACUAGAAUGGAAAAGCAUUGUCGAUGACCUUCUAGGAUGUUGCUUGAUUUAUGCAUUCACAGGACAUUCUAUAUAAUUGUCCAUAACUUUGGAUUUGUAUUUGAAGUCCAGAUUGCCAGCACCAGGCAUGUAGCGCCUGGGUGCAAUCAAUACCCUAGCAGCCUCUAGUAUACACGCGAUCAAAAUGACAUACUUACAGUUAUAUUUUCCCCAGUGAUCGGAAGUUCGGGUGCAAAUGGUGAAGUUAUAAAUGAUGAUAUACCCGUUUUAAUAAGACUCGCGCCCUUGUGCGCCGCUCACCCUGCACCAUAGGUAAAGUCGAAACUAGAUAAUUUGAAUAAAAUUAGUACAAAUUGAGUGGGAUAUCGUCUAAAACUUAUCGAAAAGAAUUUCUACACUGUACAACAAUUAAUUAUCGUGCACUCACCUAAUGGAAUGAUGCCAACAUUUUCAUUAUCUCAAUUCACUAGUGACAAUUUGUUAAUUGUCACGUUAUUUUGUUUCAAGUUGCUUAAUUCGUCAUGCGUCCUACGGAUACACGGUGUCUCUAACGCGGAGCUGUGUUUCCAAAAUUCAAAAUUACCAAAAUUGUUAGGGACACCACGUGUCUCCCAGUGUGUCAGAAAAUCCUAGAAGCUCACCCGACAGUACGACCGUCUUAGCUUUUGAAGUAAAGCUAUCAGAGCGAAUUGGUUGUUGUGUGGAAUUGGUCGUAUCCUUAGUUCCGUAUAUUUGUGUAUUCUCUUAUUCGACUGCUGCGAAGCCAAAGGGUAUCGAGUUGAGACGAAAACCACGAAUAGAGACGAAAUGUCAUUUAAUUUGUUUGAAAACUAUUCUGCGAAGUCAUUACGGUGACAAAUGCACUCCGAUUGGCCAGCCCGAAUUCGAAACAAGUGACGGGUGU